AAUAUAACGUUUAAUGGGGCGGUGCAGACCCUGCACCUCGGCACCGCUCCGGCUGUGGCAGCUGCGUCACCGCCGGCCGAGACCGCUGUCGCCGCAAGCCAUCCGCCGCCGCGAAAGGCACCCAAACGCCGAUGUUGCAGGUGUAACCAUAAUGGCCACACAGAAAGGCAAUGCCUCGCCCCCCAAACACCUAGGAGAACACCAGCUAUAGAACGUGGUGGUGGGUCGAGUUCCAUUAGGAUAAGGCCGUCGCGGAGUCUGUCUGCAAGGUCGAGAACACGCACUCAGACUCCCGCUCCCCGACCUAUCGGAACAUCGACCCCGAUUGCAUCAACCGUAAGUAAUAUUUUUAAUCCUAAUAGUGCUAAAUAA